GAUUCGUUCGCGAGUCGUACGUCGCUACAGCAGCAGCAGCGGCGGCGGAACACAGCUGGGGGAAGGAGGAGGCCAGGCUGGAGCCCAACGACUCGCUGCGGGGGAAUGGACAGCGUUUGAUCCGGAGAGGGUUUACUUCGUGUUUCCUGUCAAAACCGCAGUUUCAACUUGGAUCAAUGCACGCAAGGUUUUCUGCAAACCAGGAGAGACAUCAAUGAGUCAUGGAGGACGAAGGUGGCUUUAUAGAGUUUGAUGUGCCCGAGUUCAGCAACACUGUCCUGAACCAGCUCAAUGAGCUCCGGCUCCAGGGUAAGCUUUGCGACAUCAUUGUGCACAUCCAGGGCCAGCCAUUCAGGGCACACAAGGCUGUUCUGGCUGCCAGCUCGCCCUACUUCCGUGACCACUCGGCUCUGGGCACAAUGAGUGGCCUCUCCAUCUCCGUGAUCAAGAAUCCUGAGGUGUUUGAACAGCUGCUGGCUUUCUGCUACACGGGCCAUAUGGAACUGCGUCUGCGCGAUGUCAUCAGCUUCCUCACUGCUGCCAGCUUCUUGCAAAUGCAGGCUGUCAUUGACAAGUGCACACAGAUCCUGGAGGGUAUCCAUUCCAAGAUCAGUCUCCCUAUGCCCAGUGGAGCAGAUGCAGAUGAAGAUUGUGCCUCCUCCCGGGCUGGAUGUAAUGGAAUGACAGAAGGGGGUAUUUUUGUAAACCCAACCCAGAUUUCCCCACCCUACUACUCACGAAAGAGCCAUUGUGGAGAGGUAAGGGGGUCAAGCAGGGGCCCUGCACAGUUAGCAGAGGAGGGGCAAUCUGACCGUGGCAGCAGUGACAGUGUGUCAGAGCAGGAGGUGUCCAUGGAGGCUGAGCCAGAACAGGUGGAUCUGAUUGGAAAGGAUGGCCAAGUGACAGAUGUCCACAUCAAACUGGAGAAACCAGACCGGCCCAUCUAUUCAGACAGCUCAUCGGCAGGUGAUGAUGGCUACCACACAGAACUGGUGGAUGGGGAACAAGUGCUAGCUGUGAGUGUGGGUUCAUAUGGUUCAGUGCUGCCCCCUGCUGGAUACACCUAUUCGGCACUCCCCUCAUCCUGCUUUGUCAGCAUUAGUCCAUCUAGUCCCUCUCGUUCGAUUCUCAGUGGUUUCCGCGGUGGCCCUCAGAGGCGGCCUAAGCGUCCUGUUCCAGCCCCAGCCGAAGUGCUCUCUCAGCUCAAGCCAGGCCCUGAGGAUGGGGAGGGAGCAGCGACAGGGACGGCCUUUGAGAAUGACAUGAGGGAACGCAGUCUGCGCAGCCAGUGGUACCCCUACAACGAGCGCCUCAUCUGUAUCUACUGCGGCAAAUCUUUCAACCAGAAAGGAAGCCUCGACCGCCACAUGCGCUUGCACAUGGGCAUCACACCUUUCGUCUGCAAAUACUGCGGCAAGAAGUACACCCGUAAAGACCAGCUGGAGUAUCACAUCCGUGGCCACACGGACAACAAACCCUUCCACUGCCAGAUCUGCGGCAAGUGCUUUCCCUUCCAGGGCACCCUCAACCAGCACUUGCGUAAGAAGCACAUGGGCUCAGGCACCGAGGCCAACAACCACACAGACUCUCUGGGGGAAGCAGCAGAUGGCCAGCGGGGGGCACCAGAGGAUGCCUCAGAGGUCACUUACAGAGCUCCAUGUGCUGAUGACGGGCCAGCGAAUGACAUCAGCGAUGAGAAUGCCAAGUGCAGUCCUGAAGAAGCUCCUGUGUCCAGAUGUGAUUACUAAGAAGUCAAGUUUUUAAUGGGUUGUUUGUCCUGUGACAGGAAGCUUUAAAGGUUGCUCUUUUCACAGUGACUUGUUUUUAAAAGAAUCAGCUGAGUGGAUGAUGAACCUGCCUUGCGCAUUUUCUACUUCUCCAUUUUUGUGAAAGUCAUCUGUUUGUGUAACAGGACUGAAAGAGAGAUGAUGUUUUUAAGAAAUACGUUUUUCAAAGGGAAGGAGUCGCAUAGUUGGGGAAGAGAAUUGGGUAGAAGGUCUCAAUAAUCAAGGCCUUCAAAAGUAUGUUUUAUCAAGUUUUUAUAUAUAUAUAUAUUUCCAUGUUUUUAAACAUAGAGUAAUAUAGGCAUGUUGCAAUAAUUAAUAAUGUGAAAGCUCAGAUAAGAUGCUUGUCAUAUCAUGCUUUUACCUAACCUGUUUUUGCACAUGUGGCCUGAAGUAGGCCUAUCACUCACAAGGAUUGGUUUUAUCUGCCAGUGCAAAAGCUUUGUGUGACACAUCCGUUCAAUACCUCAUCAUACAACGUAACUUACUCAUAACAGACAGUAUUGUAAGCUUUUACUCAACUCCAACCGGGUUCUACCUCAUAGCCAAGAACCUGAAAGGAAGUGAAUAAGCCUCUGUUUAAAAAGAAAAAAAAAACAUUUGUUUUGUUUCAUAGGGUUUAAAAUGCUUCACAUAGCAAAAUCCUGGCACAAAACAUCCUCACUACACGAAGCCUUGGUACUUCAGUGAAAUAUUCCUUAGAGAUUGUAUGAAAUUUGAAUUGAUCUCAUUGUUUUGUGGAGAGAUUAUGUAUGUUUCUGAAAAAAGGUGCUUAAGAGGGUGGUAAGGGUGUAGCCUACCUGCAGCCUACCUGCAAUAUGCAUCCUGGUGCAUCAAGGAUGGGGGGGUGGGUGGGUGGGAGCGGGAUUCAUCCCAAAAUAGCAUGAUGUAACAUUGUUUCUUCUCAUCAGUGUGGUCUAGGUUUUGUAUUUAGAGUUUAUGCUUUCAGAGGGAAGUAGAUGUUAAACGUAAAUAACUGAGUUUAAAGCUAAUGAAAACAAACGGCUCGUGUUAUAUGUUCAGAAAUUUUUUAUGGAAGUAAUCGAAUAUCAGCUUGAUUUUUAAAUGAUAAGAGCAGCCUUUGUCAGUUUUUCACUUUAGUCAUUUAUUAGGCAUUUAAAGCAUAUAAUGGCCAGUUUGUAGGUUUUGCAGAUCAAUUCUAGUGCUGGACCAAAUUCUUCACUGAAUAUUAUGCAGUCCAGAAAUUAUGAUUAAAACCAGCUCCUUAAUUCAAACUUCUAAAGUCUAAAAUGCAUUUUAGUUUACUGUAUGGUUGCAUCACAAACAAAACAAUGUUAUUCAGGUCAGGAACAUAAAGCCAAAUUCUUAAAUUUAUAUAAAUGAGAUUAGCACCAUGUAGUAUUUUUCAGGUUUUUCGUAGGUAGUAACCUUUUCGGCAUACCACUUUACGAUUAUAAUUUUCAAAUGUCAUUUAUAAUUAUAAUUUGAAAUAUAAAGCUGUAGGUGUCAGUUGCCACAUCAUUUUGACCGAAAUGGAUCUGUUAAUGUGUGUCCACCUUUCCCAUCCAAAAUCUACAUGGAUCAUUAGACACUUUAGCCUGUUUAUUUUUGCUGGGAUAUGGCCUGGAAUAUGGGAUUAUUUGGAAGUCAGUGGUUUGUGUUUUACCUAGGUCUCUGCAAUAGUUCUCACGUGCCACAUUUUUGGGAAUUAAUAGCUUUUGUUGCCUUUAAAAGCUCCAGUUGGUUGACUCUAGAUCAGAAAUGCUAGUUUAAAGAAUUUGAAACAUUGCACUGUUGGUAGGACAUGAAUUUCUCUGUCCUGAUGAAUAAAUCCAAAUAUUGUACUGCCUUGUGAAAGCGUGCGGCCUCAGAAAAUGCUCGAUUUAGCCAAUGCAGAGAUAAAGAUAACUUCCGUCCUUUUUUUUUUGUGUGCAAAACAGGUCAAAUUUAUUUCCUACCAAACUGUGGUAAAGGUUUUAGUUGGAUUUGUGCUUUUUCUUCAGGGUGAAUUCCAAUAUAAGAGGAACAGUGGUUUCUGGUGUAUUUCGAUGCAUCAGAAAGGUACAGAUGAGAAAAAAAAAAAGACAAUUUUUACAUUUUGAUAAUGUGAUUUCCACCGUGACCCUGAGGGAGAAGCGGCUUAGAAAAUGUGUGUGUGUGUGUGUGUGAGAUUUCCAAGACGUCAGAGCUGGAGUCUACAUGACAAACACUGAAGUUAGUUUUUAGCCGAAAGUCCUGUUAACAAUCAUUAUUAUUUAUGUGUAUUAUCAAUUGUGAUUUUUAGAAAAGCAUGUCGUUGAGCUGGAAAUGCUUAAGAAUGUAAAUGAUUUUCCUGAAGAGUGAGACUUCUGUUUCUACGUGUGUUUGGAUGACAACAUUGAAAAGAAUGCUGGUUUUCACUGCAUCAUUAGCUUUAUGGUGAAAUUGAUCUAAAAGUGGUUUCUGAGAAAAAUGCAUAGCUCAGGCAAAAAGAUGUACGGACGGUUGCAGUGUUUAUCCGUUCUUUGGUGUCUGAGGUUGUUCUGAAGAAGUAGUAUAGUGUAAUGUUUAGGCUUUUAAAGGCACAAAAACUUAGCAUCUCCAUAAAUGGUCUUUGAAACACUGUAGAACUAUUGUUUAAGCGGUCUAAUGUAUAUCUAGCCUCAUGUAACUUGUAGAAGUUGACACAUUUCCAGCAAAGUCAUUGACAUGGGUACUGGGCAUUUCCUGUCAGUAUUUCAUAUUGUAGGUUCAGAAGUACAUAUGCUUGUCUAAGUGACAAUCUCUGGUAGUUAUUCAACUUUUUUAUUUUUUUUUUAGUGAGUGAUUCACUGCUCUCAGUUCACAGCCCUCAAAACUCCUCUGCCAUGUUAGUUAUUCUCUCAGAAUGUAAUUUGUGGUCUUUGAUGCUCCAACAGAGAAACACACUUGACUUGCACAUUGCUCAAGGGCUUCUUUGCCUGCUUAACAGAUACCACUUAGGCUAGAUAUUCAUUUCCAUCAAAUUCUCUGUUGAAUAGUUUAGAAUAUUUAUCCAGCAACUAUAGCACUUAUUUUGGGGUAAUGGUGUUGCAUAGCCUUUGUCUAAAGUGUGAUAUUUUUUAAUGGGGUUGGACAGCAUUCCCUUUUUCUUUACAGUAGUGGUUGGUUUUCCAUACAGUUGGCUUUCAUAAUGGUGCUUUUUGUUUUUUUUUUGUUUGUUUGUUUGUUUUUUUUAAAUAGUUUAAUAUUUUCUUUUAUAAAUUCCUCAGGCACAGAGUGAACUCAGUUCAUUUAAACCGGUUUGUCCUUACAUUAAUAUCAUUUUUUGAUCCAUCCGAAUUGAAAACAAAUUUUCCUCUCGUUGUUCAUAAGACUGGAAAAUGCUAAACUUGUGAUUGAAUGCCAUCCAGCUUAGCCCAUGCCACCUGAAGUAGGAUAACUUUUAUUAUGCCUAGAAGAUCGUUUAUUUGGGCAAUAAAGGUUACAGAACCGGUCUUAUAUAUGCAGCCCAUGUUGUGUCUCUGUGUAGGGUAACACGGAGAAGUGCCAGGUUUGGUUAAGAAUAACACCAUGCAUGUGUUUUACAGACAGUCUGAGAAACUAGGUUAGUUUAAUUUAUCAACUCCUCCUAGCGGUUAAUGCAGCUUUGGCCGCCAACCAAAGAGAAAACCAAAAAUGCAUAAUGUUCUGUAUGGCGCACAUUAAUCUGAAGAGGGCAAACCAGCCCCUAGAACAAAUGAACCUGGGCAAAGUGUGAAAGUGUUUUUCACCUAGUGGCCCAGACUCCCACUCUUUUAAACAGCCAUCUGAGUUUCUCCCAAGAUCAGGAGAAAAAGUUACUAAGAUUUGAAUUUGAAUUUUUUUUUUCUCCUAGUUUUCUUUAAUUGUGAGUUCAUGAGAAAACACAUGCUUGUAAGAUAAACAUCAAUUAAGCCAUACACAGUCGUCGAAGGCGAGGCUCUAGAUGUGUAGAACAGUAAAAUGAUUUGUGAAAGUUUUAACGAGUUGGAAAGGAAUUCCGAUUAAAUCUGUGCCUUGCCACAAAUAAUGUAAACUUCCCUGACGUAUCCUUUCCCAAAGUGAUCUUCAGAGGACGGAAGUAUUAUGUAUUAUUUCUGCAUGUAGUUCAGUCUGGCCAUAUGUAUAGAGAUUCACCUAAAGAUUAUAUGCAUAUGCUUAUUAAUCAACUUGAGAUGUUCUUGUUUGGGUCCUCCCUUGAUCAUUUGCUUAUGAACGUUUUUCUUUUGCUUUUAUAUUUAUCAGUUGCUUUUUAUGUCGAGCUGAGGAGCUAACAUGCAGUAGCAGAGGUUUUGCAUUAAAUGUAAUAUGCAGUUUUGACAGGAAGAGAUUGUAGCAAGUUAUAAGAAAUGGGACAAUCAGACGGCUUCAAACACUGGAAGCUACCUCUUGAAAAAUCAAUUAUUUUAACCACGGACUAUUAAUUUAGCUUGCCAGAAUGAUUCUGCCAAGUGUGUCAGCCACUCUUUGGUUUAUUAUUAUUAUUUUAUUUUUGGUAGAGUGGUGAAGAGGUGCAUGCUAGACCAUUUAUAGAUGUAAGAUGUACUGCAUGGUGGUCACCACAUAUAUAAUGAAAUAUUGAAAUGCAGAUUGGUUUAUUUUAUUUUUAUUUUGGGGGUUUUCUUUGGUCUGGAAAGUAAUUUAGAUGUAUUAUUUUUGUCUGGCAUGCACUUAAGAUGAACGUAACUUCUUAAUGUAAUCUAAACAUAUAUUCCAUAUUCAUUAUAGAAGGGGUUAGCUUAUAUCUUACUCCUCUUUAAUGGGACUCAAAAAUAAAGGCCUCAACUAUUUCUAACUAUAUCUUCUAAUGAGGUUAAUGAAUUUAAAUGGUGCUGUUAGACUGGUCAGGUGUAUUUAUUGAUGAUUUUAUAUACAAAAAAAGUGCAUACGUAUAGGUUAUGGGUCAAUUUAUGGUUUUAUUGCAUACUUGUAAGUGAUUUAAAGAAUGAUUCUAAUUGUAUUAUAUUCAACCAACCGACUCGAGUUGAUGACUAGAAUACAUGUUCACUCUUUCUGUUCAAGUCUUCACAGAAAACCAAGAGUUCAGUAUGGGCCGUGUACAGGAAUCAAAAGAAGUGUUUACAUGGAAGGUUGUGGGACUACUUUUUGAAUUUGCAGCUUGUUCUUUUAAUGAAGCUGACUUACUUCAGGUAGUUUAUGAACACUGAUAUUAGAUAUAAAGAAAAUCUUGAAGUCUUCCAUCGUUUCUCUGCUUCCAACAUUUCUCCACUGUGUAAUAUGCAAAAGCAAUAACCUUUUUAAGAGCAGUUUCCUACUGCUGUCCGACAGCCUCUCGAAUUACAGAAGCGUCACGUCUCAAAACGAGUGGUUUCAGGUCGUCAGGGAGUCCAGCUUACUCAAGAUCAGGAGAGGAUUUAAAGUUUGUUGUUUCUUCAUCUUUGGUUUUGUUUAAUAUGAGAUUUUGUGAACAUUUGGACAAGUUGAGUGAAAAUGCUUCUAAGGUGUGGCCGUCUUGUGGUCGUCAUUGUCCACAGCCCAUGUAUAGGCUAUGGGAUUCAGAGCCUUGUGCAUGAGUGGAGCCUUUUGUUUUGUUCGUGUGUCUGUCUGUGUUUGUACUCCAUCCAUCUGCCACCUCAAUGCAAGCCGGUUAAAACAUUGCACCUUUUUAUCUGUGUCAAAUAUGAAAGGGAUCUUGGGAGGGACACCCUGCUUCCCUGAGAGCCACAAAGAUCUCCUCCACUUCCCCUUGCGCUGGGACUGCAGAUCAAAUUAGACGGUCAGAAACUAAGUGGAUUUCUGAUGUUGAGCAGUCUCUGAAAUUCUGUUAGCUUCUAACUCUCAUGUAUUCAGUGAUAUGGCAAAAAAAAGUAGAUCUCAGGGCUUACUAGUAUUCAGAAAUGGCCACUUUGGACAUGCAAUUCAUUUUGUAUGUUCCAGUCAACUUAAUUGUGCACUUUUACUUCAGGUUGGGGAAGCAAGUCCUCAGUCAUUGGUUCCCAAAAACAGUCUGCCUCAUGGGUGCCUUGGAUGCACCUGCCUUUUUUUUUUUCCGUUGUUGCUUUUCUGUAUGCAUGGGAUGAGCACAGAGCUUCAGCAUGGAGGAAUACUGGAGAUCUUUUAGCUUUUGCUCUGGAAGUAUCUCUCUUGCCCAACUCUCUGUACUCCACUAUACAUACAACCUCACAAAACCCUACUGUGAACCUCAGAACUCUACUGUUUUAUACAACUAUGAAGUACAUGAAGCUAGCUGGUGCCGAUGCUGUAACAACUCGUCAUUUAUGAAUUUUAUUUUAUAGCAUGAAAUAUAAGAUUAUAUUUAUUCAAAUGAUAUAUUUUGCUCAUAAUCAGUCUGUGCUGCUUUUUUUAAUUUUGUUUUGAAGAGCUUGUAAAUUGCUUUUUUAUGAUGGAGAAAUGUCAAUAGAUACUAAAAUCGCAUUCAUUUGUAAAAUAAAGUUGCUGAUUUGGCAGAUCGUC